CCGCCUGGUCAACAUGCGGUUUUCUUUUUCAGGUAAAAUCACUCUUCGAAAGCGCGGUUUUUAUGGCUUCCCUACGCCAAAACGCUUCCUCAGGGAGCGGUUAUAUGUCGGCAUGGUAAAAUGCUCCACAGAGAAGCAGUUUACCAUGUCGACACAUAAACCGCUGCCCCCACCGGGGGUUUGUGCCACGUAAACCGCUGCCCUCACCAGCGGUUUGUGCCUGGUUACCCGACAUCCGACAUGUCGGCACGCAGGAGGUUGCAGGGGUGGGGGCUGAAGGUGAAAACCAUCAUCACCGACAUUUCUAGUCGUUAUGGUUAUAUCAUUAACUACAAGAAGGCGUGGCAUGUGAAACAGAAAGCACUGGCCGCCAUGUUUGAUGACUGGGAAGAAUCAUAUGCAUUCCUUCCCAGAUUGAUGAACAUGGCCCAAAAUUGGACGAUGAACAUGGCCCCAUCAAUCUCCUUCACCGCUCUCGCACUAGCAUUACAGAGGGAGCAGUAGAGAUGAGCUAGGCAAGCAGAUGCCCAGCUCAGGUUUCUCAUAUCAUCGCAAUCUCCAAGUAUGAUUUUCAAUCAUGAAUUGUUGAUUAAAUUGUUGGAUUUCUUAGGGGAAGAAAAAUCCUCCGAUCAUGCCGAGGAUGUAGAUACGUGCAUAAAUGUCUUUAUCACGCUCCGAACUUUCCUCCGCGAGGGGAAUGCCUCCGAACUCAGAGUUGUGCUUACGCCUGAUCUCCGCUGUCAACCAACUGAUGAAUACUUGGCCUUUGGACAAUGGUGGAUUACCAUCCGCAACCGUGAGUUCGGGUUUCAUUGUGAUCCCUAUUUGUAGUUGCAGGGAGUUAGUUUUAGGGUGGUAGUGUUUUCUUAUUUGUAGUUUAAUUAUUCCAUGAAGUUAUUGAGCAAUAAUUGUUUUUUGUCGGACAGGUACAAAAUAUAAUAUAAAGUCUGUUUAGUUCAUAAUUUUGAGAAAUGAAAAUUGUUAAGUAGAAACAAAAAAAAAAAAGUGUCAUGUUUGCAUAGUCUCACAGAUGUAAUAAAAGAAGAAGAGGGAAGAAGAUUAUCCGCAAGUGGGUGCUUCGGUGUUUGGUUCGAAGAAGAGGAAGGAGUGUAAACGAGAAUAUUAAAUUUUCUUUGACAAGGAGAGAGUGGCUCGAAGACGGAGAAGAAUAGGAAACGAGGAUUCCACCGAAAAGGGGAUGGCCAGACCGAGAAGAAAGAUGGAGAAUAGUAAGGAUUGAUCAUCUUAGAUAUUAUACCGAAAAAGUCAAUAAUAGAUUAUUUUAUGUUGAAACAAUGGUUUAAUUCUUUCAUGCGGUUAAAUAAUUUUGGAGAACUAUCCUCCAUCCUUAAAAACAAUAUGGGUAUGUUACACAAUAAAUUUUACUAGUUUUUCUGAGGGCGCUUCACAGAGAUAAGAAACUAAAUAUAUGUCUUAAUUAUUACGAAAUUCAUACCACACAUUUUUUAAAGUGAUAUAAUAAAAAUAAGGUAAAAUUCAUCUGUGUAGCCAAAACUUUGACUUUUGUGACAAUAAUAGCCACUUUUAGAGAAAUACCAAAUAUAGUCAGAAUUUUGAAAAUUUCAUGACAAAUAUAGCCAUUUUCGCUAUAAACUUUAACAGUGUUA